UGCUGCGCCGUGCACGCACACCACUCGUCAACACCACACCACAUAUCAUCCCAGACUCCGCCACGGCCGCGCCACCGCACGCGAGCCGCCUCACCUCGCGAUCUCCCUCCUCUCCUCCGAUCCUCCACCGGCCGCGGUAGCGGCGGAGCUGGCGCCGCGCACGAUCGCCCCCAGCCACAGCCAUCCUCCUCUCGCCCGAGGUGAGCUCCGAUCCGUCUUUGCCUUUGCCCCGAUCGUACCCCGGCUGCGAUGGAGGGGGGGAGCAACGACUUCCCGGGGGACCUCCUGCGCGCGGUCCUGCAGAGGCUGCCGCCGCCCGACCUCGCGAGGGCGGCGUGCGUCUGCCGGCUGUGGCGCGGGGUCGCCUCCGACCGCGCCGUGCUGGAGGCCGCCUUCGCGUCGCCCUGGGGGGUGCGCCGCGUCGUCGGCGAGCCGGAGACGAGGGCCUUCUGGCGCGCCGCGUCCCUCGCCCGGUUCGCGCUCUCGCACACCGUCCGCCGCGGGGACACCGUCCCCGGCAUCGCGCUCAAGUACUCCAUCCAGGUGACCGAUAUAAAACGUUUCAACAACAUGAUGAGCGACCAUGGGAUCUACUUGAGGGAGAGGCUUCUGAUACCGAUCAGCAAUCCUGAAAUUCUUCAGGGUAGCACAUGCUACAUUGAGAUGGAUUAUAACGCUAGAAGAGAGGUUGCAGUCUUUUAUCCCCAGGGACGCCCUAGUGGAAAAGCAGAAUCCUCGACGAACACUGCUGCUGCAGAACGACGAAGCAGAAGGAUUUUGGAGUCAGUCAAGCGAAGCUUGCAUACCGAUGACAGAACCGCUGCGUACUACUUAUCUGUCACAGACGGUGAUCCAAGGGCAGCCAUGAUGGAGUACUCUGAGGACCUAAGGUGGGAGAGGCAACAAACAGGCCACUAGAUGUAAGGUCAAUGGGAAGAUAAGGGCAUGGCAUUUGCCGCUGCGUACUACUUAUCUGUCACAGACGGUGAUCCAAGGGCAGCCAUGAUGGAGUACUCUGAGGACCUAAGGUGGGAGCGGCAACAAACAGGCCACUAGAUGUAAUCAUGUAAGGUCAAUGGGAAGAUAAGGGCAUGGCAUAAUGAUGCAGGUUAUUGGAAGAUCACUACUACCUGUUUGGCCGCUUGAACAAUAUAUAUGUGGUUUACCCUCUGUACAUGUAAUAAUGUGAAUUUGUGAACAUAUGUAAUGUAUCAUCUUUUUUUUUCUCGGUGUGAUGAACUUGAUGAAAUCCAUAGCAAUUGCUUUCUUUACAUAUAUAAGUAUGACGAAUUACUCAUGUUAUGAU